AUGUCUUCCACGCAAGGCUUUGAACACGGCCACAUACACUCCAGCGAAACUGAUUAUCAUCUAGAAGAGCUUUCUUCUGGACCUAUAGGAUUGGUUCCUCUGGAGUCAGUCAGCUCCAGGACUACAUUAGAGCCCUCUAUCUUCGGCAGCUUAGCUGAGCAUCCCGCGAGCUCAGUUGUGAGCGAUGGACUUCCUAUGGAUGAUGCCGAUCGUACGGUGAAUCGUAAAUUGCGUGGAAUCCAUGUCUUCAUGAUCACGAUUAGCGGCGUUCUCGGGGUUGGUCUUUAUGUGAGAAGCGGUACGAUCCUCCAUAUUGGAGGCCCGGCUGCUGUGAUAAUCGCCUUUUCGGCAAUGGGAUUUUUGGCGUGGACAGUUAUGCAGUGCAUCGGAGAGAUGCUUGCAUUGUGGCCGAUAUCAGGGGCGUUAACGGAAUAUGUUUCAACAUUUGUUGAUCGAGAGCUAGGUACUGCAGUAGGAGUAACAUAUUGGUUCACAUACUCGAUGAACUUUGCGGCUGAUAUUGUCGCUGCGGCCGGUGUGAUUGAAUACUGGAAUCCUGGAAAGCCAGUUAUAGGGACGGUGAUGUUUUUCUUAGUCCCCCUGUUUCUCAUACUAUUCAACAGCUUCGGGGUUCAAAUAUAUGGUCUCAUUGAGGUCAUUGCCGGUACGCUUAAGCUGGCAGGAGCUAUAGUAGUUAUCAUUGCGAUGAUCAUUAUCAAUGUCGGAGUCGGAUCGGAGGGCUAUAUUGGCAUCGAAAACUAUAAAAACAAUAUAUUCCAAUAUGAUCCCAAAACUGGUGAUAAUUGGGUUAUUGUUUUUUUGAGCAUCUCGUGUUCUAUUGCGAUAUUCUCCUUUACUGGCGUGGAGGUCGCAACAGUGCCAGCUUUUGAAUCCAGAUUUGAUAGCAAUACACAACCGAACAACAUUGAGAAAGAAAUAACUAAGAGCCCGUGGGAUCGAAUAUCAGUUCAGUUCUCUGCUACAUGGACAACCUUUAUUGUUUGGAUCAUAUACAUCUUCGCAGCAUUGAUGUUAACUUUUAACGUCAAAUGGGACAACCCAGGGCUACCCGGUGUCAGUUGGCUGGGAUCACCAGCCAGCACGAAUGCCGCAACGAAGUCAUAUUCAGGAUUUGUAUUAAGCGCUGCAAGGUCCCAAAUUACUGGUUUGGCGGACCUGUUCUCCGCUAUUCUUCUCUUCACUGCGAUCUCAGCAGCCAAUACCAAUAUCUAUGUCGCCUCACGAACGAUUUUUGGACUUACACGCGAACUUGACGGGGCCAGAUGGAAGUGGCUAGCGUUCUUUGGGCGAACAAAUAGCUACCGAGUGCCAGUGCGUGCCAUGUUCCUCUCCUGCCUUUUUAUUUGGGUCCCAUUUCUGUAUCUGUCGCCAAACAACUCCCCGGGCACGACCAUCUCAAGUUUGCUCGAAGUCCUCUCGCAAAUGAGUUCAGUGGGCUGUCUGAUAGUGUGGUUAUGUCAAGUUUUGGCUUUCAUCCGAUUCUACAACUGUGUCAAAAUCCACCAGAAUGAACUGGAAGAUGACCCGUUUUUCGCGCAUGUCUGUCGAUUCCGCCGCGGUCGAAAGAACGACAGGUACCCAUGGCGCUCGCAUGGCCAGCCUCUGACCAUGUACGCGGCGCUGUUUGGAUGUCUUUUCGUCCUGAUAGUCGCAGAUGGCUCAUCUUUGUGGAACGGAUUCCACAGAACAGCUUUUCUUUCCGCAUAUCUUGCACCCAUGUGCUUUAUCGCGUUUUGGCUUUGUCUCAAGGUCUACCGGUUUCAGAAGUGGCAUAAUAUUCAAUGGCGACUAGAGGAUACUUCGAAUCUGGAAGAGGUCAAGAAUAAAAUCCGAAGACUGGAUCAGAUCAAGCAAAGAGCUACCACUACACAGCAACCAAUUGGAUGGGCGAACUUAUGGGGGUUGAUGUGA